AUGGACAAGAAUUGCAACAAGGCGGAUGAGGAUUUCCUCAUGUCGAUCGUGGUGGCGCGUUCCAGAUGCCAUUCAGUUGAAUCCAAAAUUUCCGAUGGGGAAAGCCAGUCCAUGAACAAGGUAACAGUCUACACUGAUUGUGCCGCUGUACAUCUAGGCUCGUAUUUGCCAUCCCACCAUCCUCUAACUAUUCAAUUCAUCUGCGCCUGCAACUACAAAAAGGCGGAAAAGGAUUGCAAAGACAUAGAAUCGGUAUCGGAUAUUGAUACUAUUAAAGUACCUGGAUCCAAACCAGAUGAUUGUGAACCCUUUGAUUUGUCUGAGAAGAAACAAGCCACUUAUGCGGAGCCAACAACUGUGUCUAAGUCAGACGAUUAUGCCCCUGAUCUGGAAGCUGGAUGCAAUGGAAAAAUCCUCGAGGUAGCCAGGGGAACACAUAUACAGAAUAAGUGGCCGGAAGAGGUCAUGUCCGGACGAGGCAGCAGCACUCUUCAAGAAGCAUCAACUUCUCCAGUUGAUCCUCAGCCUACAGAGCUGCAUCGUACAACACCAGGAAGUCAGCUGCCUGAGACGUUGCCAGGGGCCUAUGCAGAAGCUGGUCCAGGUCUAAAUUCCAUCGAUAAUGGUUUUGGGGAAGAGGAGUCUGCAGCAGAAAUGACUUCAACUGCAACGGCAACAGAGAAUGUCAAUGGAUUGGCUGUGGCAAAUCCGGUCGAAGAAGAUGAUUUCCCUACUGCCUUGCCGCAUGGAAAUAAUGCAGCUGCAAGAAAGAGGACUGAAGAAACAAAGAAAUUCAAGACAUAUGUCUUUCUUGGGGUCACCUUCAUGAUUGCCAUCAUCCUCCUCUUCAUGGUUGCUCUUCUGACUCCAACUAGCAGCCAACCUUCAGUUCUUGAUGCAGAUCUAACAACAGAAACUGCUGAAGCAAUAGAAGUUGCCACCAGCAAUCCAUCCCAAGCACCCACAUCCAUUUCUGCUGCUACUCUUGCACUGUUCCCACUGAACAUCACUGCUAAGAUUCUGGAGGACCCAGAUUCCCCCCAGGCAAGAGCAUUUGAUUGGCUCAUGGAGGAAGGGGACAAGUUGGAGUCUCUUUCUGAGGACCGCAUUAUUCAGAAGUUUGCCCUUGCAGCGCUUUUCUUUGCUACAAAUGGCAAUACAUGGAAAACUAAUACAUCCUGGCUCAGUCACAGUGUUCAUGAAUGUGAUUGGCACAACAGCUCACAUUUUGCCAUGAUGCAUGUUUUUUCUGCUUUGUAUCCUGGAUAUCUGAGAGACUUUUUCCCAUCUGAUGAGGCACCACCAACAACCUGUAACGAUGACGGUAUCUAUCAACAUCUUUGGUUGGACAGCAGUGGGUUGGCCGGUUCACUCCCUGAUGAGCUAUAUCUUUUGACAUCGUUGAAGACCAUGUCCUUGGCAUUCAACCAGUUACAAGGAUCCAUCUCAAGUUACAUUGGACAGCUGAGCUCAUUGGAAGGCAUGGCUUAUAGUUAUGCCAAGGAUGAACUGAAGGGCAGCAUUCCAACUGAUGUUGGCAACUUUGAAAAGUUGAGAUGGUUGUUCCUUUACCUGGGUGACUUCUCUGGUACAAUCCCAACUGAGAUUGGUCAAGCAACCAAUCUGGAAUUUGUAUCCCUUCGGCACAGCCCUUUGUCUGGGACACUUCCCACAGAGUUGAUGGAGCUCUCCAAGCUUGAAGCCCUUUCGCUGUUUGAUAACUCUCUCCAGGGAAGAAUUCCUUCAGAGCUAGGUCAAAUUUCACAUCUUACAUUGCUGUCAGCCUGGGGCAACCAGCUCACUGGACCUCUCCCAAGCGAACUGGGACUCCUGACAGACCUGACUAGUAAUCUUAACCUCAUGGAGAACCGGCUGUCAGGAACCAUCCCUACAGAGCUUGGGCUGCUGUCAGGACUUGUCGAGUUAGAAUUCAGUGGCAACCAAUUCACCGGGCAGAUUCCUAGUGAAUUGGGCGAACUCAAGUCCAUUGGCCGCUUGACCUUUGCCAACAAUUCUUUCUCUGGGACUGUUCCCCAAGAAUUGACGGCUGUCAACCAAUCUCUGCAUACCAUAAGCUUGGAAGGCAAUCCUUUGCUCUCUGGAUCCAUUCCUGAAGGUGUCUGCAACACCAAUGCCACCUGCAUUGGAACCCCACUUGAUCCUUGCAGAGGCCCCUAUGGGUUGUCAUUUGACUGCUCCAGGUUGCUCUGUGGUUGCGAUUGUCCUUGUGUCUACGGCUGA